AUGGAAGAAAAGGCGCCCCUCCUCCCCAACUCGCACGUCGAUGCAAACGCGCCGCCGCCUGACGAGACCAUGGUAUCGCGCAAGACGAGGAAGACACGGCUGCAGAUGGCGGCCCUCGUGCUGGUGUUCAGUCUGUUCUUGCUAGCGCGCCAGUUCACCUGUAUGGACUUACAUGAUGAAGCCGAUACCAAAGUGCCAGUAGACGUGCACAUCAUGUCCAAAUGCCCGGAUGCGCGCGACUGCCUGAAGAAGCUCGUCCUGCCUGCCAUGGCAAAUGUGUCAGACAAGGUCGACUUCCGGUUGAGCAUGAUUGGAAGUCUAACAGCAGACGACGGCGUCGAAUGCAAGCACGGCCAAACCGAAUGCCUGGGCGACAUCGUCAUGCUCUGCGCCGCAUCCGAGUACCCCGAUCCCAAACUCUACCUUGGCUUCACGAACUGCCUCACCACCGAUUACGCCGAGAUACCCGCACGCUCCCUCAUCGAAGACUGUGCCCUGGAACACGGUCUCGACUUUGGCGUGCUGAACGAUUGCAUGAGCAAGGAGAACGGUGCAUAUGGCAUGGGCCUGCUGAGGGACAGCGUCCAGCAUAGUAGCGAUGUAGGCGUCACAACGAGUUGUACGGUCAGAUUGGACAACAAGGUGCGAUGCGUGACGGAUGGUGGCAAGUUCAAGGACUGCGAGGGUGGAGAUGAGCCUGAGGAUCUCAUUCGGGAUAUUGAGAGACUAUACGACGAGGCACAGGGCUGGACAUAUUCUUAG